GGCUCCGCCGCCGCCACCACCGCGGGAGCCGGAGCUGCCGGGCGGAGCGUCCGCGCCAGGCUGGAGCGGGAGGGCGGCUGAGCGCAGUUGCUGGGAAAUUUUCAGCCGAGAGGGCAGGCGACCCAGAGAGAUACCCCGCGAGCUCGGGAGCGGUGGGGAGCGCGGGCGCCGGAGCGAGCGAAGCGAACCUCGAAAUAGAUCUGGAGAGCCAGGUUCCCGGAGGAAAUGGGACUGUGAAUGAACCCGGGAGCAAGAAGGGAAGGAAGCGCCGCGAUUGCUGAUGUCAGAGGAGCCCGGAAAGUCGCGCUGGAAAAAUCUGAAGAUUGCCGGGGCUCUGCCGCUUCCCAAGGAGAGACACCGCCAGCCACCCACCCCACGCCCCCUCGGCGCCUCCCGGUUCCCCCAGCGAGCCGGCGUCAGAGCCCGGCAGUGCUGUUACGGGGCGGCGGAGGACGGAGCGGAGCGCGGACAGGAGACCGAGGGGCCACUUCAGGAAUACAGAUAAGUGGCUGGUGGCUUGACGUGGAUUUUAAUGAAUUUGGACUCCAUGUGGAUUUGGUCGUCCCCGUGAACGCGAGCUGCUUGGCAGCGAGAGGGGCAGCGCGCCGGCCUCGGCAGCCGGCGGCCGAAGCGGCCGGACCGGGGACGGAAGGAUAGACCGACGUCUCCGAGCUGGAACCAUGUAAGGGCCAAGCCAGGAAGGCGGAGUACGCGAGCGCUCGGAGGCUCUGUCUCCUGGUCCCCGCCCGGCUCAGAAUGGAACAGAGGAGGCCCUGGCCGCGGGCUGCAGAGGUGGACGGCUGGCCUGUGGUCCUGCUCUCCGCCGUCUGCGUGCUGCUGGCACCCCCGGCGGCCGGCAUGCCCCAGUUCAGCACCUUCCACUCCGAGAACCGGGACUGGACCUUCAACCAUUUGACGGUGCACCGUGGGACGGGGGCAGUGUACGUGGGGGCCAUCAACCGCGUGUACAAGCUGACGGGCAACCUGACCAUCCAGGUGGCUCACAAGACGGGGCCGGAGGAAGACAACAAGUCGUGCUACCCGCCGCUCAUCGUUCAGCCCUGCAGCGAGGUGCUCACGGUCACCAACAACGUCAACAAGCUGCUCAUCAUCGACUACUCCGAGAACCGGCUGCUGGCCUGCGGCAGCCUGUACCAAGGGGUCUGCAAGCUGCUGCGGCUGGAUGACCUCUUCAUCCUGGUGGAGCCGUCCCACAAGAAGGAGCACUACCUGUCCAGCGUCAACAAGACGGGGACGAUGUACGGGGUGAUCGUGCGCUCCGAGGGCGAGGACGGCAAGCUCUUCAUCGGUACUGCUGUGGACGGCAAGCAGGACUACUUUCCCACCCUGUCCAGCCGCAAGCUGCCCCGCGACCCCGAGUCCUCUGCCAUGCUCGACUACGAGCUCCACAGCGACUUCGUCUCCUCCCUCAUCAAGAUCCCUUCCGACACCCUGGCCCUGGUCGCCCACUUUGACAUCUUCUACAUCUACGGCUUCGCCAGCGGGGGCUUCGUCUACUUCCUCACCGUUCAGCCUGAGACCCCUGAGGGCGUGGCCAUCAACUCGGCGGGAGACCUCUUCUACACCUCGCGCAUCGUGAGGCUCUGCAAGGACGACCCCAAGUUCCACUCCUACGUGUCCCUGCCCUUCGGCUGCACGCGGGCCGGGGUGGAAUAUCGCCUCCUACAGGCUGCUUACCUCUCCAAGCCCGGGGACUCGCUGGCCCAGACCUUCAACAUCAGCAGCCAGGAUGACGUGCUCUUCGCCAUCUUCUCCAAAGGGCAGAAGCAGUAUCACCACCCGCCGGACGACUCCGCCCUCUGUGCCUUCCCCAUCCGGGCCAUCAACCUGCAGAUCAAAGAGCGCUUGCAGUCCUGCUACCAGGGCGAGGGCAACCUGGAGCUCAACUGGCUGCUGGGGAAGGACGUGCAGUGCACCAAGGCGCCGGUGCCCAUCGAUGACAACUUCUGUGGACUCGACAUCAACCAGCCACUUGGAGGCUCCAUUCCAGUGGAGGGCCUGACCCUGUACACCAGCAGCCGGGACCGCAUGACCUCGGUGGCGUCUUAUGUCUACAAUGGCUACAGCGUGGUGUUUGUGGGCACAAAGAGCGGCAAGCUGAAAAAGAUUCGAGCCGAUGGUCCCCCCCAUGGUGGGGUCCAAUAUGAGAUGGUCUCCGUGCUCAAAGAUGGGAGCCCCAUCCUCCGGGACAUGGCCUUCUCCAUUGAUCAGCACUACCUAUACAUUAUGUCUGAGAGACAAAUCACCAGGGUCCCUGUGGAAUCCUGUGAACAGUACACGACUUGUGGGGAGUGCCUGAGCUCGGGGGACCCUCACUGUGGCUGGUGUGCCCUGCACAACAUGUGCUCCCGCAGGGACAAGUGCCAGCGGGCCUGGGAACCUAAUCGAUUUGCUGCCAGCAUCAGCCAGUGCAUGAGCCUCGAGGUGCAUCCCAGCAGCAUCUCAGUGUCUGAGCACAGCCGGCUGCUCAGCCUGGUUGUGAGUGACGCCCCCGACCUGUCUGCGGGCAUCUCCUGUGCCUUUGGGAACCUGACAGAGGUAGAGGGACAGGUGUCUGGGAGCCAGAUCAUCUGCAUCUCACCAGGGCCCAAGAUUGUCCCUGUCAUCCCUCUGGAUCAAGACUGGUUUGGGCUAGAGCUGCAGCUGAGAUCCAAGGAGACAGGAAAGAUAUUCGUCGGCACCGAGUUCAAGUUCUACAACUGCAGCGCCCACCAACUGUGCCUGUCUUGUGUCAACAGCGCCUUCCGCUGCCAUUGGUGCAAAUACCGAAACCUCUGUACUCAUGACCCCACCACCUGCUCCUUCCAGGAGGGCCGGAUCAACAUUUCAGAGGACUGUCCCCAGCUGGUGCCCACGGAGGAGAUCCUGAUACCCGUCGGGGAAGUGAAACCAAUCACCCUCAAGGCUCGAAACCUGCCCCAGCCUCAGUCCGGCCAGCGAGGCUAUGAGUGCGUCCUCAAGGUACAGGGGGCCGUCCACCGGGUCCCCGCCCUGCGCUUCAACAGCUCCAGCGUCCAGUGCCAGAACAGCUCGUACCAGUAUGACGGGAUGGACAUCAGCAACCUGGCCGUGGACUUUGCCGUGGUGUGGAAUGGCAAUUUCAUCAUUGACAACCCUCAGGACCUGAAAGUCCACCUCUACAAGUGUGCAGCCCAGCGGGAGAGCUGUGGCCUCUGCCUCAAGGCCGACCGGAAGUUCGAGUGUGGCUGGUGCAGCGGUGAGCGCAGGUGCACCCUCCAGCAGCACUGUAGCAGCCCCUCCAACCCCUGGCUUGACUGGUCCAGCCACAAUGUUAAGUGCUCCAACCCCCAAAUCACCGAGAUUUUGACGGUAUCCGGACCCCCUGAAGGAGGGACCCGAGUGACUAUCCAUGGCGUGAACCUGGGCCUGGACUUCUCCGAGAUCGCCCACCACGUGCAGGUGGCUGGGGUGCCCUGCACACCCCUGCCGGGGGAUUAUAUCAUCGCUGAGCAGAUCGUUUGUGAGAUGGGCCAUGCCCUUGUGGGGACCACCUCUGGGCCUGUGCGCCUGUGCAUUGGCGAGUGUAAGCCAGAGUUCAUGACCAAAUCCCAUCAACAGUACACGUUUGUGAACCCUUCCGUGUUGUCACUCAACCCCAUCCGAGGGCCGGAGUCCGGAGGCACCAUGGUGACCAUCACGGGCCAUUACCUCGGGGCUGGGAGCAGCGUGGCCGUUUACCUGGGCAACCAGACCUGCGAGUUCUAUGGGCGAUCAAUGAAUGAGAUCGUGUGUGUCUCACCCCCGUCGUCCAAUGGCCUGGGGCCCGUCCCCGUCUCUGUGAGUGUCGACCGAGCCCGUGUGGACAACAACUUGCAGUUCGAGUACAUAGAUGACCCCCGGGUGCAGCGCAUUGAGCCUGAGUGGAGUAUCGCCAGUGGCCACACACCCCUGACCGUCACAGGCUUCAACCUGGAUGUCAUUCAGGAGCCAAGGAUCCGAGUCAAGUUUAAUGGCAAAGAAUCUGUCAAUGUGUGCAAAGUUGUGAACACCACCACCCUGACCUGCCUGGCACCCUCCCUGACCACAGACUACCGGCCCGGCCUGGACACCGUGGAACGGCCAGACGAGUUUGGAUUCGUCUUUAACAAUGUCCAGUCCUUGCUGAUUUACAACGACACCAAGUUCAUCUACUACCCCAACCCGACCUUUGAACUGCUCAGCCCCACUGGGGUCUUGGAUCAAAAGCCGGGAUCCCCCAUCAUUCUGAAGGGCAAAAACCUGUGCCCUCCUGCUUCUGGAGGUGCCAAACUCAACUACACCGUGCUGAUUGGAGAGACCCCAUGCGCUGUCACUGUGUCCGAGACACAACUGCUCUGUGAGCCUCCCACCCUCACCGGGCAGCACAAGGUCAUGGUCCACGUGGGUGGCAUGGUAUUCUCGCCCGGCUCGGUGAGUGUCAUCUCAGACAGCUUGCUGACCCUGCCAGCCAUCGUCAGCAUCGCGGCAGGCGGCAGCCUCCUGCUCAUCAUCGUCAUCAUUGUGCUCAUCGCCUACAAGCGCAAGUCUCGAGAAAAUGACCUCACUCUCAAGCGGCUCCAAAUGCAGAUGGACAACCUGGAGUCCCGUGUGGCCCUGGAGUGUAAGGAAGCUUUUGCCGAGCUCCAGACAGACAUCAACGAGCUGACCAGUGACCUGGACCGCUCAGGAAUCCCCUACCUGGACUAUCGGACCUAUGCUAUGCGAGUCCUGUUCCCCGGCAUUGAGGACCAUCCCGUCCUGCGUGAGCUGGAGGUGCAGGGCAACGGGCAGCAGCACGUCGAGAAGGCCCUGAAGCUCUUUGCCCAGCUCAUCAACAACAAGGUGUUCCUGCUGACUUUCAUCCGCACCCUGGAGCUGCAGCGCAGCUUCUCCAUGCGGGACCGCGGCAACGUGGCCUCGCUCAUCAUGACCGGCCUGCAGGGCCGCCUGGAGUACGCCACCGACGUCCUCAAGCAGCUGCUCUCCGACCUCAUCGAUAAGAACCUGGAGAACAAGAACCACCCCAAGUUGCUUCUCCGGAGGACAGAGUCGGUGGCUGAGAAGAUGCUGACCAAUUGGUUUGCCUUCCUCCUGCACAAGUUCCUGAAGGAGUGUGCGGGGGAGCCGCUCUUCAUGCUCUACUGUGCCAUCAAGCAGCAGAUGGAGAAGGGCCCCAUCGAUGCCAUCACGGGCGAGGCCCGCUACUCCCUGAGCGAGGACAAGCUCAUCCGGCAGCAGAUCGAGUACAAGACCCUGAUCCUGAACUGCGUCAACCCGGACAACGAGAACAGUCCGGAGAUCCCAGUGAAGGUGUUAAACUGUGACACCAUCACGCAGGUCAAAGAGAAGAUUCUCGAUGCCGUGUACAAGAACGUGCCCUACUCCCAGCGGCCGAGGGCUGUUGACAUGGACUUGGAGUGGCGUCAAGGCCGGAUUGCCCGGGUCGUGCUGCAGGACGAGGACAUCACCACCAAGAUCGAGGGUGACUGGAAGCGGCUCAACACGCUGAUGCACUAUCAGGUAUCAGACAGAUCGGUGGUAGCUCUGGUCCCCAAACAGACCUCCUCCUACAACAUCCCUGCCUCUGCCAGCAUCUCCCGGACGUCUAUCAGCAGAUACGACUCCUCCUUCAGGUACACAGGCAGUCCCGACAGCCUGCGGUCUCGGGCCCCCAUGAUCACCCCAGACCUGGAGAGUGGGGUCAAGGUGUGGCAUCUGGUGAAGAAUCAUGACCAUGGAGACCAGAAGGAGGGUGACCGGGGCAGCAAAAUGGUGUCCGAGAUCUACCUGACCCGGCUAUUGGCCACCAAGGGCACCCUGCAGAAGUUCGUGGACGACUUGUUUGAGACCUUGUUCAGCACCGUGCACCGGGGCAGCGCUCUCCCCCUAGCCAUCAAGUACAUGUUUGAUUUCCUGGAUGAGCAGGCAGACAGACACAGCAUCCAUGACACAGAUGUGCGGCACACCUGGAAGAGCAACUGCCUCCCCCUGCGCUUCUGGGUGAACGUGAUCAAGAACCCCCAGUUUGUAUUUGACAUCCACAAGGGCAGCAUCACGGACGCCUGCCUCUCUGUGGUGGCCCAGACCUUCAUGGACUCUUGCUCAACAUCAGAGCACAGGCUGGGCAAGGACUCCCCUUCCAACAAGCUGCUCUAUGCCAAGGACAUCCCCAGCUACAAGAGCUGGGUGGAAAGAUACUACGCAGACAUCGCCAAGCUCCCCGCCAUCAGUGACCAGGACAUGAACGCCUACCUCGCCGAGCAGUCCCGCCUGCACGCCGUGGAGUUCAACAUGCUGAGUGCCCUCAAUGAGAUCUACUCCUAUGUCAGCAAGUACAGCGAAGAGCUCAUUGGGGCCCUCGAGCAGGACGAGCAGGCCCGGCGACAGCGGCUGGCAUACAAGGUGGAACAGCUCAUAAACGCCAUGUCCAUUGAGAGCUGAGAGAUGGAGCCUCCUGUUCCUGGGAAGAAGGACCCGUGAGAGCUGUCACACUGGGCAUCUCCGAAGGAAGGACAAGUGAAGGGGAUCGGGCCCCAGCGCUUGCUGUCCCCUGAGACCCCCUCCCGGGGGGAGGGGAGGACCCCUCUCCCCACGCCAGCCAAGUUUCGUCACAGCCUGUUCCUGCAGGGAGAGACCGGGGGUGUCAUCCACCCCAUCCCCCCGCGGCGAGGACGAGAGGGACACCAGGACCCAGAGAAGAGAGGGGAGACAACCCUUCGCUCCUACGCGGAAGCUCCUGAUCGUCUGAGCACUGGCCUCGGUAGAGAUGACUGUAGCAUCCCCAUGUUAUGUCUUCUUCGGCCUCUCUUUCUGCCUCUCAUGUCCUUAUGAGUUUGAAGGACAAGUGGGCAGCUUCUCUCUCUCCUGCUGACACCUAAAUCCAUGGAUGACCAUCCGUCCUGAGUGUAGUUUCCAAAUAAAGAGACCAAAGUUCCACACCCUGGUCCUGAGGCCCCAUGGAAGGCAGUGGGCAGGACCCUAGUGACCGGACAGCCACCAGAGUUUCCGGGCCUCCCACCCUGGCAAGAAUCCAAGCAGCCAGCUCCAACUUCUCCGCAGGCAGCAUCGGAGUGAGUGGGAAGGAGGACAAGAGAAAGGCAAAGGGAUGGGAAGGGAGGCAGCAGGAGAGGACCAGCCUACCCUUCCCACCCUCUACUUUACAAGGGGCUGUGGACCAGCCACCCCCAGCGAUACCAGACCAGGGUCAUUUCCUCUGUAAUUAACUCUGGGCCCUGGCUUCUCUGUGCCCUGAUUUACCUCCAAACGCUUCCGAUCUCCAAAGGCUCCGCUGACCACAUUGGAUUGCCAGGAAGGGGCCGGGGGAGGGGUAGCUCUGCGGGCUGGCUUCCAUCGCUGGGGUGUGGCUUUGGAUCACUGUGCUAACCACACAGCAGACAUUGCCUGGUUGCCUCAGCUCCAGUGUCUUGCCUAAAUGCAGCCGACAAAGGGGAGGAGAAAAAGCGUUCAGCAAAAUACUCAGGAAACUUCGCUGUUUUCAUUAUAAUUCACAACCAGCCAUGUGAAGGCCACUGUCUUCUGAUAAUCCACUUCUGUUAACGUUUCUCUGGGCCCUAUUAAUAGCCUGAAAGAGAUACUAAUGACUGGCCUUCUGCACUAAGCCAAAGUGUUUGCCCUUCAUAUACCCAAAGCUUAUCAGCUCAGAGCCCAUGAUUUAUGGAGAUGAAAGGCAAGGCGAUACGGCAAGGGGAAUGUGAGCAGGGGACUUUGCGCUGCCCACAGAAAAGUGCAGCCCACCCACAUUUUACUUCUGAGCUCUGAAGGAAGGUUUUUCUGAUCACAUCACUGCUCAGACUGGCAUCCUGGGCUUUGCCCCACCAAGAAGUAAAAGUUAGACAUCCCAACUGCGACCGGUAGGCAUCGACCCGGGUGUCUCCCAGCAGCUACUUUUGGAGACCAUUCACCACCCCCGGGGAUGCUUCCUUGAAGGUUUUGGAGGAGUGGGAGAAUGAUGAGGGAAUGGCCGCGUGGACAGUGGAGAGGAGAGCACCAGAGCUGGCCUGAGAAGCUUGACCACAUGUCUCAGGAUUCCAUGAGAGACAUGGGGAAUGUGGGCUGCCAAAGGUUGUGGCACAGGGGCGCCCCUAAGGGAGGAAUUAAGAUAAAGGAAAACUCGACUGGACUCAAGUCAGGCCGUGAGGGUGCAAGGAUGGAGAGCCUUCCUGGGCUUUGGGUCACCCAGAGUGCAUGCCCUGUGGGAUGGGAGGAGAGGGAGUCAAUUGGCCUCCAUCCUCACUGUUAUCCGAUGUGAUGUGAAGAUAUUUUGACCUUGUGUAAGGGAUGAGUAUUCAAGUCACGUUCCCUCCCCCACAUGAAGUCAUCCGUCUUGGAGGGAGGCAGAGAGGGACUUCUCUCUCGAAGGUUGAUCCAGCUCCGUUUUGUUUCACUGGUCUGCACAAGAGGCAAUCCUCUGGAAAAGGGAAAGGCAAAGCACCCCCAGAAAUGUGCUUGGCAAGAGAGAGGGUGCUCAUACACGAGACGGAGAUGGACAAGCGGUCCAUCUUGGUGGAGUGAGUCCCUCCAGCUGGCCUGCUGCUGCCUACCCCCCAGCAGGGGCUCAGGUGCUUCUGUGCUCGCCCUCCUACAGCUCUCCACAGCCCAUCUCUCAGAACCAUUCCUGAUCCACUACUGGCAGAGAGCUCCCCCUCCUUGAAAAGUUCAGUCAUUAGAAGCACGGAUCCACUGGGAACCUCACUCGCGGGAGGGAGCUGUUUCCUAUAUUCAUUCAUUCAGAGAACGUUCCU